AUGUCUGCUGGUGAAAUUAAAGGUACCGAGACUGUAAAUCUCCAGGAUCAAGCCGGAGCGAAUGAACUUUCGACCUUGAUUCAAGGCGUUCUCAGUCAAACACAGGAGCGUUUCCAAAGUUUAUCGGAUCAAAUUUUGAGAAGAAUAGAUGAAAUGACAAAGAGAAUUGAUGCUCUGGAAAAGAACAUAACGGAAUUGAUGAGCGAAAAUAUCGACCAGAACCAGCCAUAA